AUGUCCACCACUGCAUCCCACUACUCUCAACACGCUCUCGCCAGCCUUCGUCGUAGGCCAUACACUCCACCUCUCCCACCAUCGCCUCUUGCGCGACCACGAUCAAUCGGCUCUGUCGUUUGUCUCUCCCCUCCAGCCCAGUUCAGCAUGAUCGACUUUCUGCGCUCCCAGACCCCACAGUCGCCGGUCAAGAUGCGCGCCCAACCCAUCAGCGUCGUUGACGCCCUCCGCCAAACCAAUACCUACACUUAUACCGCACUCCCAACUCCUCCCUUUGAACCCCCAAUGUCGCCCAAGUCGUACCCUUCCCCAACCGCAGCGAUGCACUCACCACGCGCCCCCGAAACUCCCUCGCCAUCACCCAAGAAGACCAAGUCUCGUUCCGCCAAGCGCGACACGCUCGCAACCUUCUUCCGUUGGACAGAGCCAACCCCCGAACUCCGCCCCCUCCUUCUAACCCCAAUGGCGCGUGCGGCCGAACCCAACCCCUCCCGCGCACGGGUCAAGGACGACGACGCGACCCGCCUUGCAGCGGCCCAGAGCCGCGUCGUCCCAAUCGGCGGAGCGAGGGCAGCGCGCCUCCGUUCCCAGCGGCGGUGGGGGGAACAGCUCGGGCGGGGGCGCCCAGCCCUCAGUCUCGACAUUGACAGUGAGCUCAGCUACGAGCGCGAGCGCGUCAUGACCCCCGUUGAGAGCGUGUUCGUCGCCCGUGAGCGCGAGCGCGACUCGUGGCUCAAGAGGUAG